CUCAGGCGGUUGUGGCUACAGCAAGGCCAAGCAGGAACCUGAUGAGAGAAGAUACACUUCCACAAUGGCCACAUUAUGUACCCGGGGGUGCGUACAUAUAUCGACCCCCACACCUACGAGGACCCCAACCAGGCCGUCCAUGAGUUCGCCAAGGAGAUCGAUGUUUCCUGCAUCACAAUUGAGAGAGUCAUUGGAGCCGGUGAGUUUGGGGAGGUGUGCAGCGGCCCCCUCCGCCUGCCUGGUAAGAAGGAGUUCCCAGUAGCCAUUAAGACCCUGAAGGCAGGUUACACAGAACGACAAAGGCGGGACUUCCUAGGGGAGGCGUCCAUCAUGGGACAGUUUGAUCAUCCAAACAUCAUCCACCUGGAAGGCGUGGUCACCAAGACAAAACCUGUGAUGAUCAUCACGGAGUACAUGGAGAACGGAUCACUGGACACCUUCCUCAAGAAGAACGAUGGCCAGUUCACAGUGAUCCAGCUGGUUGGGAUGCUGCGUGGUAUGGCGUCAGGCAUGCGCUACCUGUCUGACAUUGGAUACGUGCACCGGGACCUGGCAGCGCGUAACAUCCUGGUCAACAGCAACCUGGUGUGUAAGGUGUCUGACUUUGGCCUGUCCAGAGUCCUGGAGGAUGAUGCUGAGGCUGCAUAUACGACCAGGAAGCAGAGUGCCAGUCUCACAGUGAUCAGCUGGCUUGGGAUGCUGCGUGGUAUGGCGUCAGGCAUCCGCUACCCUGUCUGA